AUGAGUGGGUCACUUGUGUUGAAGUUAUCCAAGACUUCUGCCCAGCCUGCCACGGAAUGUGGUAGAGGGGUUGAAAGGCACGGUUCCCUCGCGAAUACCACGGUCCAGGUCUUUACCACCUAUUGUAGCUACGCAGCUCGUGGUGGAAGCUUUGGUUUGCGUUAUGUCCGUGUGUGGCAGCAGAUUGGGGACCAACUGUUGGCCGGCUCAGAAAACUGGUCACCCGUGCUGGAAACUUCCUCGUGCUUUAGCAUCACAGCGGCCGAAAUCUUGCUACCCCGAAGCUUCGAUCCAAGCACCGCUCGACGUUAUGGUAAACCCACCCUUCCACCAAACCGACUCGUCAUCGACAGCCCCAAGUACGACUUCUCCAAGCUCAGGUACUUCCAAUUCCUACCUGGAAGACCAAGACCACUCUGGGUGGAGAAACAGUCAAUUUUUGUCUCGAUCGACGGGGCCUCUCGUGGAAACCACAAUAGGGAUAUCACCUCCCGAGCCGCUUAUGGUGUCUACUUUGGCGUAUCUUCUCCACACAACAGCUAUGGUCGUCUUGCGAGCCACUUGCCACAAACCAGCAGCCGAGCAGAGAUUGAAGGGGCCAUACAAGCCAUUGAGGCCAUCGCCAAAAUAGAUCUGACUGGGCAGAGAACGACCAAGGUGGUGAUCAAGACCGACAGCGAAUACUUGCACAAAUCAAUGACCGAGUGGAUAUGGAACUGGAUCACGGCUGGCGGUCUCAAAUCGAACGGAGAAGAGGUACAGCACUGGAAGUAUCUGCUUGCUUUGCACAAGAGGAUCAUCGAGGUCGAACAUGCGAAGCGAAUUCGAGUGCUGUUCUGGAGAGUUCCACGGGAAUUCAAUACGCGAGCCGAUACUCUUGCCAACCUUGCAUUGGAUCAAAACGAUUCUGCUUAUGGCUCGAACUGA